CCAUAUCUACGCAUAAGCAAGUUAGAAGGAUAGAAACUCGGAAUUAUCCCGGUCGAUGUAGUGAAAAUAGAACGGUGUAUUAGAAUACUAGAGAGGAUCCAAACCAAGAAGGUAGAAAGGAUGCGAUCGAUCGUACAGAGUUAAGAGUGGAGCCGAAGCUGAAGUAGAAUUGAUUGAUUGAUUGAUCGAUCGAUCGAUCGAUCGAUUGUACAUCGAUUAAAAUGAACGGAAACGGAAAAAAAGACAAUAACAAUAACAAUAAUAACAAUAAUAACAGUAUUAACGAUAAUAAUCGGUGCCACCAGCUGACAUUGAUUAUCACGAUUUUUUUAUCGCUGUCUGUUGCAGUAGCCGAAAAGCAAAAACGUCAAAUCUUUAGGGAACAAGUAUUGCCAGCUCUUGGUGGGAAAAUACCGGAGGAAGCUUUCAGAACCGAUCGUUUGGCACUGAAUCGUUUGAAUAAGGAAGGCAUUACGAUACCGGAUGGUGUUGUACUCGAUGCUAGACACAUUCAUAAACAUCCACAUACUUCGCAACAUAUGCCUAAGAUCAUUAAAGUAUACUUAACGCCUGAUGGUCGAUACGUACCACCCGAAGGUCGAACUCAAUACGAUCAUCCAAAAGCUGUCGACACAACUUACAUCAUUCGAACGCCUUUCGGAAAACCCGAGAAACCAACGAAUAACUUUGGAAAUUACAAGCAUCAUCGAGUGCAUAAUAAACAGCAACCUUAUCCUAAUCACAGACAACAGUUUGUGCCAUUGAUUCCACCUACCAAACCUGGUGUUUAUAAGCCAAUAGUGACGCCAUUGAUGUUACCAGCGAAUCCUAAUUUCUUAGAACGGACGUAUUUGCCUGCCUGGGAUCUCGAAUACGAUUGGGAUACCGUUUAUCGCCCUUUCAAUGAAUAUUACAUCGACAAUAUCGCAUUGUUUAAUUCUCAUCAGAUUCUCACGGAUUAUCAAGGAUUUCUCGACGAAUUUCACGGUAGAUCGUUAAGACACAUUGUUGGCAAAUCCAACGAGAAAAACAAUUACGAUACUGGUGCAGAUCGGCACAAAUACAAUUCGAAUAAAAAUAUUCGAACGAAUGUUCGUUCUAAUGGUGGUUAUCGUGAGAACAAGUAUAAUAAUAUUGGACCAAUCACAUCAAAUAUUAGUUACACGAAUCUCACGAUAAUUCCAGAGACUGAAUUUUCUUGUCGUGGAAGGAAGGGUAUGUUUGCUGACGUAGAAACCAAGUGUCAAGUCUUUCAUAAUUGUUCUGGUUGGUCGAGAACGUCUUCUCUUUGUCCUGCUGGUACGGCCUUCAGCAAGGAUAAAAAUCGAUGCGAGUGGUGGAAUACCGUCCAAUGCAGAGAAUGACGAGAUCACUAAAAAUAACGAGUGUACUUGGAGUCGAUGGAUCGAUUGUCGAGUUCUUGAUGAUACAUGAAUUUUAAUCAUUGAGCAUUUUUCAUGCGAUUCUCAAGAAUUUUAAUAUCUUUCGUUGGAUAAACAAAAUUAUGAAAAAUUGAUAUUUAAUGAUCCUCAUUAGUCUAAAUAUUCGCAGUAUAUUUCACUAUUUUGGAUUAAUAAGACACAAGAUUAUUCAAACGUAAGCAUAAAUAAUUGAUUUAAUCCUUAAUAUGAAAAAAAGAAGUUAAUCUCAACUAGUUUUUUCUCGAUAAAAAAAUCAUCGAUAAGAAUGAUGGUUUAUAAUCAUGGCAAAACAUUUUAAAUGAAUACAGUGUCAGUCUCCAAGAAUAGUACUGUGCUUAUGAUUAUGUAAGCAAGUCACGUGUCAUCUACAAACGUGAUAUCCGUAGCAAAAAAUUAUUCAGCCAUAACAUCGUAAUACACAAUGUACGAAAAUCUACGUAAAUUUAAGAAAUUUUGUACAAGUUAUUUUUUAUAGUAAAAUGUUAAUACACGGA